GCUUUCAUCUCCCCGAACCUCGCCACCUCCUACCGAAUCCAACGCAAACCUCUCCAAGCCUCGAGGUUCGAAUUCCAAACCUGAGGUUUCGAUCCGGACCGAAAGCUCCAUCUAUAAUUCAGGUUAUUUGAUUUUUCUUCGAAGGGAGCGAGGGAGUAGUUUCUGUUAAUGGUCGAGCUGUUCUUCUGUAACUCCAAAUUCUCAAUUUCCUGGAAGAUGCCAUCUUCAUUCGAUUUCGCGCCUGCAGGAGCUCUUAUUUGAAAUGCUGUUGUUUUUUCCCGUUAAUUUUGGUGGAUUUUCGUUGUUUGAGUUCGAAUUAGGGUUUUGGAUAUGGAGAUCGAGUUCGAUUGGAUUCCGGGAACGGUAAUGUAGGUUUUGAUUCCUCUCUUUUCCGAGAUUCAAGGUGGAGACGGACGCGAUCACGCGGUGGAUUUUGAUUCUUUUUCCGUUUUCCGUUUUCUGGACCGUAGAAGUGAAGCAUGGCGCAACAGAGUAAUUGGGAAGCAGAUAAGAUGCUUGAUGUUUAUAUAUACGAUUAUUUGUUGAAAAGAAACUUACAUGCUUCAGCAAAAGCUUUCAUGAACGAAGGAAAGGUCGCGGCAGAUCCAGUAGCAAUUGAUGCUCCUGGGGGAUUUCUCUUUGAGUGGUGGUCUGUCUUUUGGGACAUCUUCAUUGCAAGGACGAAUGAGAAGCAUUCUGAGGUUGCUGCAGCUUAUAUUGAGGCACAACAAAUUAAAGCAAGGGAACAACAACAGCAUCAACUACAAAUGCAGCAAUUGCAAUUCAUGCAGCAGAGACAUGCUCAAUUGCAGAGAAGGGAUGCUAAUCAUCCUUCUCUUAGUGGCCCAAUAAAUGCUAUAAUCUCUGAAGGGAUGUUGGGGCAGUCUACUGCCAGUGUCUUGGCUGCUAAAAUGUAUGAAGAACGUAUGAAACAUCCUCACUCAAUGGAGUCUGAGUCAUCCCCACAACUAAUGGAUGCUAGUAGAAUGGCUUUACUUAAAUCAGCAACUAACCAUCCUGGCCAGUUGGUCCAAGGUAACCCAGGCAGUGUGUCUGCGGCAUUGCAACAAAUUCAGGCACGAACUCAACAGACAACUGACAUCAAAGGUGAUGUCAACCUGGGUGUAACUCAAAGAUCCCUGCCGAUGGAUCCAUCAUCAAUUUAUGGACAGGGAGUCAUGCAGUCAAAACCUGGACUUGGUGGUGCAGGAUUGAACCAAGGUGUUAGUGGUCUUCCACUAAAGGGAUGGCCUUUAACUGGCAUUGAUCAACUGCGCCCAAAUUUAGGCCCACAGGCACAGAAGCCUUUUCUACAGACAACAAACCAGUUUCAGCUUUUGACGCCACAUCAGCAGCAGCAGCUCUUAGCACAGGCUCAAGCACAAGGAAACCUUGGGAGCUCACCUAACUAUGGAGAUGUGGAUCCUCGAAGAUUCAGGGUUAGGGGUAGCUUGAAUGGGAAAGACGGGCAGCCCACAGGAACUGAUGGAUCUAUCGGUUCCCCAAUUCAAUCUAGUUCGCCAAAAGUGAGAGUGGGUUCACAGGAUCAAACAGAAUUAUUCAUGAAGAUGAAGAUGGCCCAGAUGCAGCAGCAGCCCUCAGUUCAUCAGCAACAGGACCAGAUUCAACUGCAGCAACUGCAGCAGAAUAACAAAAAAAGGAGACAACCUACUUCUUCUGGAGCUGCGAACAGCACUGGUACAGGAAAUACUGUUGGCCCUUCUAACUCCGCACCAUCCACUCCAUCCACCACUCAUACACCUGGUGAAGGAGUGCCAAUGGCAGCAAAUUUGCCACAUGUUAACAGCAUGUCUAAAAGUUCAAUGAUGUAUGUUCCAGAUGGAACUGCCGGACUUGCAUCAUCUUCAAAUCAGCUGGAGGACAUGGAACAUUUUGGAGAUGUUGGUUCCUUGGAUGAUAAUGUGGAAUCGUUCCUGUCACAUGACGAUGGAGAUGCAAGGGACAUAUUUGGUACAUUAAAAAGAAGUCCAACAGAGCACAAUACAGAGUCUUCAAAGGGUUUUUCCUUCAGUGAAGUUGGAUGUAUUCGUACAAGCAAUAGCAAAGUUGUCUGCUGCCAUUUCUCUUCAGAUGGAAAAUUGUUGGCUAGUGCUGGGCAUGAGAAGAAGGCCGUUCUUUGGAACAUGGACACUCUAGAGACAGUGAGCACUCCUGAAGAACACUCUCUUAUUAUUACAGACGUGCGUUUUAGGCCAAAUUCAAAUCAGCUGGCAACGUCUUCCUUUGAUAGAACUAUCCGGCUAUGGAAUGCAGCAGAGCCAAGCUAUUGCUUGAAUUCAUAUACCGGACAUGGUUCACCUGUGAUGUCACUCGAUUUCCAUCCAACUAAGACAGAAGUUUUCUGCUCAUGUGAUGGUAACGGUGAACUUCGUUUCUGGAAUAUCGGCCAGUAUUCAAGCACACGUGUUACUAAGGGUGGUACAGCACAGGUAAGAUUUCAGCCUAGAACUGGGCAUCUUCUGGCAGCAGCAGCGGAAAAUGUGGUCUCUAUUUUUGAUAUUGAGAAAGAUAGGCAGACAUACUCACUACAGGGGCACACUAAAGAGGUGCACUCCAUUUGCUGGGAUGUGAAUGGAGAAUAUUUAGCAUCAGUCAGCCAGGACUCUGUGAGGGUAUGGUCACUAUCUGGAGGGGAGUGCGUUCACGAGCUCAGCUCCAAUGGGAACAAGUUCCAUUCUUGCGUUUUUCAUCCUAGUUAUCCCACCCUUUUAAUUAUUGGGGGGUACCAGUCUUUGGAGUUGUGGAACAUGGCAGAAAACAAAAGCAUGACAGUUCCUGCACACGAUGGCCUGAUCGCUGCAUUGGCACAAUCACGAGUUACUGGGAUGGUCGCCUCUGCUAGCCAUGACAAAUCCGUUAAACUGUGGAAAUAGAUGGAAUGGUGGUGGGGAUUAUGUCCAGUCUCUUGGAGCAUUUGGCAUCGCCGGUUUCCCUACACAAUCACGUAUUCGAAGGAGUGGAUUGGAUUGCAUUUUGAUUUGGUUGAUUUUCUUUGGAAUGAAAUAAACUGGGAGCUGGUUUUUUAUUUUCUGCUCGCUAUUUUUGGACUGGGAGUGGUCCAGAAUGCGUUGCACAGGGACCGUAGUCUGCAGCAUUGAAAAGAUUAGAACGGUUUGAUGGAGCAAAGGCCAAGGUUAGACAUUUAAUGGUGGAAAGGUAAGAAGCAUAUUGCACAUAGGGUGUUUUAAUGAUCUGGAGGACAUUUUCUGAUUGUGACCAAAAGACAGACUGCAGAUGGGAUAUCAUUAGAUUAACUGUUAGGCUAUUAUGAUUUUAGAGAAUGGGAAUUUUAUGAUAUUUGGGGAAUUGUUAUGACAAUCAUAUGCGUUCAAGAUGUAAAUUGGCUUUGUAAGCAUCCAAGUGUCCUUGUUUUCUGUGA